AAAAACUUAACUGAAAUACGAUGGGCGAGGAUCGUCGUAAUAGUUAUGAUGCUGUCUCGAUACCAUCCUAUGAAUCUUUGUCUAAGAAGUCGGAAAGUUCGCAUACAUCGCAGGACGACAUACAAGUAACCAAGCGUAUGGUGUACAAUUUGGAAUGUGAGGACGAUGUCGAGAAGUGUAUGAAUAUACCAGAAACACCGGCCGGUGACUUUUAUAAUCAGGUUGCGACUGCUGCUAGUCAAGGACUCUUCAGUCCACAGCUGAUGAUCGUCUAUGCGGACGGUGACAUAAAUUGUGCCCUGCACUAUCUAAUCGAUUCACUCCACGAUCCCUUCUCAGCAAAAUCGGUGGUCACCGUUCUCGUGGAGGAGUGCAUUCAAAAGGAGUUUGUGCAGAGAAUCCAGUCGCAGAUGCAACCACUUGCCGAGAGUGUUGCCACUCAUCCAAACUAUGUGGCCACUCUGGAGAUGAUCGGUAAACUGAGCGUGAAAACAAUCAGCGCCGACAAGAAGCUGAUAUCGGAUCCACUGGUCUCACCCAUUCUGGUUUGCAAUUGCCAGCACAGCAUGCUGGGCGAGGGUCCAACGGGUGUCAUCUGUCUGCACACGUUCCGCUCCAAUGCUGAGGCCGUCGAGAUAUGUUGCAAGGAGAGCUUUCAGUUCUCGAGCACCUGCAUAUGGAAUGAGUCCCUGGAGGGCAUCUAUCAGCUAGCAGUUGCCAUCGAUUGUCCCAUAUUCUACUUCAAUUGCAACAAUGUCAGCUUGUCACCUAUAUCCUCAGACGAAAUUAAAUUGUGUUUUUUCGAUGGAUUCCACUAUGAGAGACUACCAAUCAACGGCAAAAACAAGAUCAUUAUAUUUCCAAUCGGUGCUCAUAUUAGCCAGAAAAGUGAUGAACCCCCAAUAGUUUCAAAUUCCUCCAUUCCUUUUCUAAUCGAAUGAGUGAAUCGAAUGAGUCAAUCACAAUUUUUUGAAUCAUAAUGCUUCCUUAUACUUAUCUUGCUUGCAAUCAAAAGUCGUUCAAUUGCUUUCGCCCAAAAAUAUAAAAUUUCAAUCAA